GUAGACGAGUAAGAAUGUGGUGGAAGUGAGGCUGGAAAUCAAAAGCUUUUAGUACACGUUACAGAAUACAAACGUUAUUACUGUAACAAUUUAUUCAUUAUUAUAAAUUAUAAGAGUUUAUUAUAAUAAACAAGAGACUCUGAAAUAGGGAUCAGACGGCGGAUUGAAGUCAAGUCGGAACCUUUGUUAUUGUUUGUGUUUCUGCCCGGAACUCUGACUGUUAGCUAGAGCUAAACAUGUCUGAGAGAAAAGUCUUAAACAAAUACUAUCCCCCGGAUUUUGAUCCAUCCAAAAUCCCUAAACUGAAACUUCCUAAAGACCGUCAGUAUGUGGUUAGAUUGAUGGCCCCGUUUAAUAUGAGAUGUAAGACAUGUGGAGAAUACAUAUACAAAGGGAAGAAGUUUAAUGCUCGCAAAGAGACAGUACAGAAUGAGCUGUAUCUGGGGCUGCCCAUCUUCCGAUUUUAUAUUAAAUGCACAAGAUGUCUGGCAGAAAUCACGUUUAAGACCGACCCAGAAAACACUGAUUACGCUAUGGAACAUGGUGCGACACGAAAUUUUCAGGCUGAGAAGCUGCUCGAAGAAGAGGAGAAGAAAAUCCAGUUGGAGAGAGAGGAGGAGGAGUUAAAUAAUCCUAUGAAGGUUUUGGAGAAUCGCACACGGGACUCGAAGAUGGAGAUGGAAGUUCUGGAGAACCUACAGGAGCUGAAGGAUCUGAAUCAGAGGCAGGCUCAGGUGGACUUUGAGUCCAUGUUGCAGCAGUACAGGGAGCUGGAGAAGAGACAGAAGAAAAAAGAGCAGGAGGACGAUGAGAGAGAAACCAAAGAAAUGCUGGAGAGAGCGUUGGUCAAACGGCUUAGAGACUCUGAUUCGGACUCUGAUCAGGAGCAAGAAAAUGUAAAAGAGCAGCAGAAAAGACACACUUCUGAGAACCCUACAGACAUCCUGACUACAGACAAAGAAAUGGAUACGAAGGGUGCCACUUCGUCUGGAGUAAAGCGGCAGAAAGUUGAGAGCUGGGAAAAGAGUGUGGGCGGGUUAGGAGGAAGAAAUGCGCUAGGGUCACUUGUAGUGAGGAAGAAGCCUGCGGCAACAGUUACAGCACCGCCGCCUGCAGCUGGAGCUCAGACUGAUAUAGAUCCUGCUGCUGCCACUACAAGCAGCAGCCAAACACCAACAGUUCAGAAUGGUUCCUCUCUCAGCCUGCUGGGGGCGUACUCUGACAGCGACGACAGCAACUCAGACUAGACCUAUCAUGGUGAUGGAAACCGUGCCUGAUGUUAACUGUGCAGGAACAGUCUCAUUCACAGACUUCUGGAUUUUAUAUUGGUGGUGCUUCUUGAAAGUCAUGCUAAUAGUUUAGAAAAAUAUCGGACUGACUGUUCUACAUUUCAUCCUUUCUGGUUGAUUUGUGAUAUUAAAGUAUAGAUGGCCUUUUUCAUGCGUUUAACCCAUGUUUUAGCUUCUGAGCAAUAAAAAUAAAUGGGUCGAACACUUGA